AUUGAACUACUAACACUUUAUUUGAAACUGGUGAAUGCGUACACUAAAAGUUAUUACGAUUUUAUUUUUUAUGAGAGUUUCUGGAGUUUUUGCUAUUAGCGGAUUUCGUUACUUAUCGACAUUUGACACAUGACAUAACCUGUUUUCCGCCACAAUUAUCACAUUUAAUCACUAGAAACAUGAAUUCGGCUCGAAUUACCCUCCGUGUGCCCCUCCGAGCGUGGCGCAGCUUCUCCCGCUGUUCGGUGUUACACUCAGCCGAGCCGCAGGCAGCCCCCGCCGAAAAAGUCACAAUUCCGCCCCCCAGCAACGUCGAGAAGCCCAUCAGCCCCAAAAUCGAGAAACUCGUGACCGAAAUUUCACAGUUAAACUUAUUAGAAGUGUCGGAAUUGAGUGGGGCUUUGAAGACACGUCUAAAUCUCCCGGAUGCGCCGGUCAUGCCAGUUGGAGGCUUCGCAGCGGCGGCCCCCGCUGAAGACGACGACGAGGCCCCCAAACAGGUCAAAUCCGUGUUUAAUGUGAAAUUAAUGAAAUUUGAUGAGAAACAAAAAGUCGCGCUUAUUAAGGAGGUCAAGGGGCUGAUGGAAGGGAUGAAUUUAGUACAAGCGAAGAAGUUCGUUGAGGGGGCCCCCGCGUUGCUCAAGGGGGACGUCAGCAAGGAAGAGGCUGAGAAAUUGAAAGCGGCGAUUGAGAAAGUUGGGGGGGUUGUAGAAAUCGAUUAGUUUUUUUUUUUUUUAAAAUAAAGAUUAGUUAAGAUAAA